AUGGGGCAACGACAUCAAGCCUUCCUCAUCGCCAAAUUUCCUCGUUCUUACAAAGGGCACACAAGCUAUGAAUACCAAUGUGUAGCCGCAAUUCAUCAUCAAUGGUGUUAUGCCACUGCGCCCCCUCGUGCAGCACGACGUUUCCUUGACCUAGCAAAAGUGCCCACUAACGCAGAACUCAUUCGAUUCGAGCUGCGCCAUUUUGACGAAAACAAGGGUAUCAGGGGUAGACAUUCGCCAUCUCCCUAUCUUCUCUAUAUCCUCGCCAUUGCUUUUUCGUCCGAUCUCCAACUGGGGUAUGCCUCAUCGACUUUGUUUGAGAGUGUGACUAUGGAUAGUUUUGGAGGCGAUAACAACGAUGGCAUUACCAUAUUUGACGUGACUGAUCCCUCGAAUUGUACAUAUUGUCACGUCAUCUCCGAGUCUGAAGGACCCGUAUCUUCCGAGCAAUACAUGCGAUCCUACUUUGACGCUUACAUGGACGAGCCUGAUAAUCUUCCUGCUCUCCUCGAGUCAAUGCAGCAGGCGCCGUUGAUCUCCUUCAAAACAUUGGCGGAAGCAUGGCCCCACGAGUACAAACGCUACUAUGAGCGGAGGCAUGGUAGCGACCCCGUUGGUGUCUCCAGAGAUGACUCGCUGACAGACCUAAACGGGGGUGUUCCACGAUUAACCGACCUGAUAAUCCAUCCAGCACUUCUCCGAUGUAUAGCUGAUGGCGACCUCAGCGCCAUCGAACCCUUCCUGUGGAUGCCCGACAAGAAGCCCGCCGUCACGCGCGUCCUACAAGAACUCAAUCCGUUUCCUAAUCUCGCCCUGCCGUUGCUCGAUGGAAUCCUAGAAUUCGCACCCAACGACAUCAUUGACCUUUCUCGGUUCUCCUUGACAUCCAGCCAAGUUGUACAGUUCGUUUCACAACACCAUUCAAUCACGAAGCUCAGUCUAGCGGGUAUGGAACUAGUCACCAUCGACUCUGUGAAACAGCUACUUAAAAUAUCGCCUCGUACUUCGUACCUCAACAUUCUGGACACUCCUGUGCUACCCUCUGAAAUCGCUCAACUCCUCGCCACUGAGCCUCGACUAUUCUACCAUGUGGAAACCCUCCUCCAUCCAGUGUUCCUAACGAGCAAAUGGUCAGAACCCGCCAACGAUCUCUUUUUCACCAUUCCGCAUACGGACAGGUACUCAGUCGGUUGUCCAGCAUUACCAUACACAACUCCCGCAAAGAUCGUCCAGGCAGUUAUCGACUUCCUCGAAUUUAAUGGAACGGAUGGAGCAAAAUAUGAUUACGGCAGCAUGGCGACCGUUUGCUUGUCUUCUGAGCUGCGAACGCCAGGUCAAGGUUGGGGAGCUAGGGCCGUGCCUAUCUUCCCGAUUGUGAAUAACCCAACUCGAUUAAAGGGACCGGGGUGGUUUUUCGUUUCGACACGGGAUUACUACGCUUUCUGCCGUCGACCCGGGGGUAUUGAAGCCAGCCUUCUUGUCACGGACGUACGUGGAUGUAUGGAGUCCAUGACAGCAGAGGGUCGCCCACCUCCUCGAGAAGAAGACAUCAAGAAACUCGACGAGUUACUCGCUAUGAAGUACAAGGCAGGGAUAGAAGACAUUACAGAAUUUGAAGCUAAUUUAGAGAAAAGGUACUCUAAACGUAAGCCCUCUGACGAGCUGGAGUAUAUUUGGUAG